UUCAUUCCCAAAUCCCAACACUUUUGUUUCCAAUCACUCUAUCAUGGGAGAUUCAAAGAGUUUGAUACAUGAGUUACUUCAAGGAUUGGAGUUAGCAAGAAAGCUUAGAAUUUAUCUCAACGUAUCUUCUUCUUCUUCUCCCUCCGUUCAUGAAACACGUGAAGUUUUGAUACAUAAAAUCAUAUCCACGUUCGAAAAGGCUCUUGAAAUUGUUAACCGUAAAGGACACAUUAGUAUGGCCGAAUCAUCACAACAGCAACAACAACAUCACCCUUCGGUCUCAGGAGCACUUGCCAUAAGAAUGUUGGAUUCACCACCUUUAAGCUCUAGUCCACGAAGUGAAGACUCUGAUAGAGAUUUUAAGAACCGUGAUGAUCACAAUACUCCUAGAAAAAGGUACGUAAAUCUAUCAUUUUUCAUUUUUCAUGUGUAUGAUCUUACUUACAGUAACUAUCAUUUUUCAUGUUAUAGAAACACUCUACCAAUUAGAUGGACAAAACAAAUUCGAGUUACACCAGGAAUAGCAGUCGAAGGUCCUCUUGAUGAUGGAUAUAGUUGGAGAAAAUAUGGCCAAAAAGACAUCCUCGGAGCCACACACCCUAGAGGUUAUUACAGAUGCACUCACAGAAACAUUCAAGGUUGUUUGGCAACAAAGCAAGUACAAAGAUCCGACGAAGAUCCAACCAUCUUCGAAAUCACUUACAAAGGAAACCACACAUGCACAAACGGAAGCACUUCCAAUGUGGCUGUUCCAAUUCCAACCAUGAACCCAAAUGAAUAUCAAGAAACAAAUAUAAUCACAAACCAACAACUAACAAACCUGCGAACAGGUCUAAGAGUUCAGACAGAGAAUCUAGAUUUCCUCGACCAAUCAUUUGCGCCAUUAAUCCAUUUCCAUUCAAGCCAUGUACUUGAAAGUAGCUUUGCUGAAAACUUCAACUCCCCUGCAACUUCUGGAAUAAGUCACUUCUCGAUGUCGCCGCCGAGCGUGUUCCCGAAUAUGGCUAGUGAGAUUUUUCCAUCAGCUACUUCUGUUGCAAACACACCAACCACUGGUUUAGAUUUUCCGUUUCAAUUCGACGGAGAGAACUUCACAUUCGAUAACUCGCAGUUUUUCCCUUGAACUAUAUGGGAAGAAACUGAUCAAUAAUUUAUUAACAAAAAUAAAAAAAAUCAGAACUAUAUAUGUCCAAGUUUCAUGGAGUUUUACUUUAUCGUUAUAGAAAUGUCCAAGUUUCAUGUAGGUUUAUUUUUAUUUUUUUUCACAUGUUGUGUCCUCAUUUUCCUUUUUUUUUUUUUUCUGUUUUUUUGGAUUUAAAAAAAAAAAAGUAGAGUUUAGCUUGACUUAUAAAGAGGUAGUGCUUCCACGAUGUAAACUAAAGUAUGUGUUGAAAUGGUUCAUUUUAUUCAAUUUUGCUAGGAAGGGGGCAGUAAAAAAUUUAACUCGUUGUAUUAGUUUUCAAUUUGUAACAAAUAUUCCGAAUUCAUAACCAACAAA